CUCCGCUGCAAAAAAAAAAGGCUCACUGUAAAGUUAAAGAACUUGAAAACUCCCAACCUUUAUUUCCUCCCAUUCCCAUUCUCCCAGCUUGUCAACCCUCGCUUCUUCUCUCUCUCACAAGCCGGACGUCUCCUCCUUUUGCUCUCCUCAAACAAGAAGAAAAAAAACCCUCCACCGCCCCCGAGUUCCCGACCAACGAAAGCAAGAAGAUGGCCGAAGAAGAAUUUGAGGAGUAUCUCUUCAAGAUUGUAGUGAUUGGGGACUCAGCAGUGGGCAAAUCCAACUUGCUCUCCCGCUUUGCAAGAGAUGAAUUUGACCAUAAUUCCAAGGCCACCAUUGGGGUGGAGUUUCAGACCCAGGUGGUUGAAGUUGAUGGCAAGGAAAUUAAGGCCCAAGUUUGGGACACUGCUGGCCAAGAACGUUUCAGGGCUGUCACUUCUGCUUACUAUAGAGGCGCUGUUGGGGCCCUCAUUGUCUAUGAUAUCAGCAGGAAAACAACUUUCGAGAGUAUCAAACGAUGGCUGGAUGAGCUCAAUACUCAUUGUGAUACCACUGUAGCGAGAAUGCUGGUUGGGAACAAGUGUGACUUGGAGGACAUUAGAGAUGUCAGCGUGGAGGAGGGAAAGAGCCUUGCAGAAGAGGACGGAUUAUUCUUCAUUGAGACAUCUGCACUAAACUCGACUAAUGUAAACGCUGCUUUCGAGAUAGUCAUCCGAGAGAUAUACAACAAUGUUAGCAGGAAAACUCUCAACUCAGAUUCCUACAAAGCUGAAUUAUCCGUCAAUCGUGUCAGCCUGGCAAAUGGGAUUGACUUAUCCAAGCAAAACAAAAGUUUUUCCUCUUGCUGCUCCAGAUGAGUUUCCAUAUCUAUUGGAGGUUUCAUUUCCUUUUCUUACUUUUUAUGUCCAUGCGAGUCCACUGCAGACGUGCUUUUGAAGCCUCUGUUUAGAGUGUUUUUGUUGGGCGUCCUCAUGAGAAACCUCUGGGGAUUUAGUGUGACAAAAGAUUCUACUUCUGGAAUGGUGUUGUGAUAUUGGCUUCAGUGUCAUGGAGUUGAGUAGUCCUGGAUGCACGAUGGGCAAAAUUUGUAGGAUACAAAUGAACGACAUUAGCAUGUUGCAAUUUAUUUAUUUUUUGCGGCAUGUAAAUCUGUGUCAUAUACGCACUGAGAAAUCUGCUGUACUCUACAUCUAAAUUCCUCUGUAACAGUACGGAGAAAAAGGGGUGAUUUUGAUUAUUUUUGAAAAGCUUUUGACGGCGUUAUUUCUCUC